CGAGACGACACCUCCGUGGUACUUGCUGAUUGCUAGAGUCAGCAUUUGAUGUUCACAAAUGCGGACGAUUUUGUAGUCGAAGAUCAUCCGAAAAAGCGCCUAGCCACGCACUGGAGUCGUGGUCAUCAUCAUUCAAAAGGAAAGAAGUUAAACAAUUUUGCAACCUGCAUAGAUCCUGUUUCUGUGUCGACACGCAGCUCACACGAAGUCCAUCAGCGAUGAUUCAAUUGGAGCUAUUUCUCUAGCGUCAUCUUCAUCCGGAGGUUUCCUAGCAACAGCAAGAGCACAAAAUAAAUUGAAGUCGGAUUGAAGUUGUGGUCCGACGUGUGGAACAAGCUAGAAGGAGCGAUAACGAGCAUAGUAACCUCAAUCAACGAGAAAUAUUUUUUAGACACUAGAAUAAGAAAAGCAACGACUCUACUCCGGCGACAUCAAGAAGCUUUCAGAGAGUUACAACCUGUCGGAACAAUAAGUAGGGAAGAGUUGCUUUUGAUCUCACUCAAAAGUCAAAAACCAUGUUCGACGGCGAUCCGUUUAAAGACGAAUUUUCGCUGAAGGCGGACGACGUCUUCGGCGACAUUGCGCCACCUGCAGCCGCAACAACGUCGAAGCCCACUGCUCUGAGCGCCAACGCAUUCGACGACUUCCCCGUCUUUCCGACGGAUAAUAUAGGAGGUGCGGCUGCUGGUGGAACCCCCGGCCAACCUACCGGAACUACAACUACCACCGGUGCUCCUUCUCCCACGGCGCCGCUCGCCCCCUUGUUCCCAGCGACUGUAGGUGGUGGUGGAGCAGCACCAGGACCACCUGCACCAAUCGCAUAUGGAGCGGCUUCGUCGUUGCAACAAUCAGCAUCGAAAACGUCAUCGCUUGUCGGCGGCGGAGUGCCAUACGGAGGAGUUUCAUCUACAGCGCAAGGAACAGCUACUAGCGACCAGGUGUUGCACGAGCUGUUACUGUCCUCGAAGCGGCAAGAGGCGCUGUUAGAGCGGAUGUGCGGGUUACUGGAGCAAAACCUGAUGGCGAAACAGCAAGGUAUGAUGGGAUCAAAUAACAACCAGCUCUCGUCAAGGGGUCACAUUCAGCAGCCGCCGGGGAGGGGAGGUAUUGAGGGUAGUUCUUCUUGUUUCACGCAGCUUUUUGUGCGACACUAGUUAAUAUCAGUAGCCUGCGUUAGUCGUGGCCUGAUAAAAUCGUUGGAACUUUACUUCAACAUGGAUUUGCAUUUGUCGUCAAAACUCUACUUCUCCAGGUCAACAUCCCUCGCAGCCACACCAACAUUCCCAGCAACCUAGCAUGAGCCCGAACACAUUUCCCCACACCAGUCCCUCCGGAGGACACCUACACCAGAACUACCAAUUUAACCCACCGCCCAUCCAGCAGCAGGUACCACAAUCCGUUGCGCCGGUAGUCCAGCAACCGCAGCCGCCAUCCGUUUCCGAUGAGCAGAGACGGCGGUUACUCGAACAGGAGAAGCGGAAGCAGGAGGAAUUAAGACUGAAAAAACUAGAAGAGGAGAGGCUGCGGAAGGAGAUAGAAGAGCAAAAGCGGCUGGAAGAGGUGAGGCGGCUGGAAGAGGAGAGGAUAUGAAACCCUCAGGUUGGAAAUCCUCGAAGUGAAAAUUUGUAAUGCAAAAAGACGACUCCAGUUGAAGCACCAUUUCUAGUCGGCGCAUGACAAAUUUCCCGGGCACUCAAAACGUGUCUGUCAUGCUAGUUAGACAAAGGGAUACCCUUCUGUCGUGCUAAUCAGCAGCCCAAUUUUGAACCCGUAGAAGCACAAUAGUCGGCCUCCAUUGCGUCCUCUGCAAUACAAGGUUUUUCUUUUUUGCGUCGCAUUUUAUGCAUCACAAAGUAUUUCCACUUUGAGGAUUUCCAUUGUGAGGCUUUCAUAGAGGAAAAAGCGGGAAGAGUUGGAAAAGAAAACUCAGAACCUGAUGGCAUAUCAAAUGCAAAAAUGUCUGGGUCUGGAAGAUUGCAACUUGUAAUGCUGAAUUUGGAUUCUACAAAGAUCUAUAUUUCGUGAACAGCAAAUGAGGUCCAGUUUAUGCCACGGCGAGAGGGCAUUUCUCAUGCGGUAUAGGCAUCAGGAAGCUCCCACAAAAUCUGUGAUGCUAGAGCCUACGUCACAGACUUCAGGAGUCGUGCAAGGUGCGCAUGACAAACCUGGCAUCCUUCCAGACCCAGACAUUUUUACGUUUGAUAUGGCGGGGCUUUUAACGAGUGGUGGCGGCGGCAUGUUUGGGGACGAUGACGCCUUGGGAGCGAACAAACCGACAAAGGGCGGGCUGUUUGACGAUUAAGAGAGCUACCACAGAAAGGAAAUUGAUCUUCAGCAUCACCAGGGAGUACUAGCAUCUUUAAAAUUGAAACUUACUUAGAGCAGAAUGGCAAGCGCGCGUUGUAGUAAGUACUAUACGAAAAGAUCGAAAAAAGAUUCGAAGAAUUUUAGAUUUUUGCGUAAUACUUCUGGGUUGUUUAAGCUAUUUUGCUUGCGUUCUCAUCUUGUUGUCUUUCGUUGUUCGACUCGAGGAUGAACAAAAAACACUUUCGUAUCGUGUUGUAUCCGUCACCUGACGAAUACUUUUUCAAUUUUUGUAGACAAGGAUCUGCAGAUGUUGGCAGCCACGAGCUGCGGAGGGGCUACCAUGUGUGUACUUGUAAUCAGUCUCAUCGUUGUUUUCCUCGAUGUCUUGACGGCUUUGA